GGGCCUCAUUGGGGCAAAAACCAUAGACUACAUAAAAAACCCUGAAAGGGGCUCUCGUCGUUUGCAGUUAAAACCAACAUUCAAGUAGUAAAUUAGCUGCAUUUAACCGUGAAAAGGACGGACAUAAACCAAAAGAGCAAAUAUGGAUGCAGGUGAAGACCAAAACACAAGCAACACCAGUGGAAACCCUCAGACAAGUGGGAACUCUCGAGCACCUCAGAUAGCCCACAUGUCUUUAUAUGAGAGACAAGCUGUACAGGCUCUCCAAGCGCUGCAAAGACAACCUAAUGCCGCUCAGUACUUCCAGCAGCUCAUGCUACAUCAGCAGAUCAAUAAUGCCCAACUCCAUAACUUGGCUGCGGUGCAACAGGCCACACUUGCAGCUAGUCGCCAGUCCAAUACUCCAAGCAACAGCACAUCUCAGGUGCCCACAACUGUCAACCCAAGCACCACAUCUGCAGGAAUGACUAUAACAAGCCCUCGUCCAUAUGGCCCAGCCACCUCUGCAGCAACAACAGCUCUCAACCAGUCAGUGCUACUAGGUGGAAACACAGCAGGACAGGGACAGAUGUAUCUUAGGGUCAAUCGCUCUCUUAGAGCUCCACUUGCCUCUCAGCUCAUCUUCAUGCCUGGUGGUACAACAGCUACUGUUGCAACUGUUGCCCAGACUCAGCAACAGCCCCAGCAGCAGCAGCAACAACAUGGUGCUACUUCCACCACUUCAAGUGCCCAGUCUGACAAUGAUCAGGUGCAGAAUCUAGCUCUACACUGUGCUUCCACUCCCAAAGCUGCUGCUGUCAAGUCUGAACUUCCAGAGAGGAAAGAUGCUGCCAGCUUUUCUGUCACUCAGCAGCAGCAACAGACUUUUCCCCAGACAGCUCAGCAGCAAGUGCAACCACAACAGCAACAACAACUAGCCAAACCCAGUUUUAAUCAGCAGACUGCCACCAACCCAAUGACUGUGAAGACUGGAAACCAAGCUGCUGUGACUGUCACCCCUGCUGCCUCAGUAGCCCCUUCCUCUUCUUCCGCUUCUACUCCUGCACUUCCUAUCUCCCAGCUCCUGCUCUCACCCUCUGCUGCCCCCGUAAUCCUGGUGCCUACUUCCAAUGUUACUACCUCCACCCAAGGCUACCCGAUUGGCUCAGUGGCACCAAAAGCCAACAUUAACACACAGACUCUAGUGGUGCAGCCUCUGCAGCAGGCCAGCUCUAACGUUGAGAAAGGUCCUAUUCCAAUUCAGCCCAAGACUGCUCAGGGACACCGCCAGCCUGUGCAGCUGCCCCCUCGACACCCAACUCCCAUUCUCCCAGCUCCACCUAAUAACAGUCAGUCCACCACAGGAGGUCACAAUUCUCCCCACAUCCCUGUCCAGCUAGUGGGAGCCAGGCAGAGCUUAUCAGGAAAUGCGCAAGCUGUGGCCCUGGCUCAGGCACGAAGCGGCACAGCCCAGGAAAGUCCAUCUGGUGGGAAUGUGAGCGCAGUCUCCAACAACACUGCUAUGUCAAAGCCUGUUGUUGGUUCUCUGAAGAGAAAAUCAGACUGUGAUGCUCCAAAUGAGAUGGCAGAAUCCUUAGAUUCGGCACCCAUGAAGGAUUCUGCUCCUCCUUUAUCCCCUGCUCCAACAAAGGACCCAGUUCCUCCAAUUGAAGCUGCAUUCUCAUCUCCUCCAACCCUGUCCUUUCAUUUGCCCUUAUCGAGAGUUGGGCACGGGGACAAAGACAGAGCACCUGUUCCUCAGGCAGUGGUCAAACCUCAAGUGCUCACUCACCUCAUUGAGGGCUUUGUGAUUCAGGAGGGAGCAGAACCUUUCCCUGUUGCUGGACUCCUUAAAGACAGAGAUUUUGCUCUUGUUGGCCGUACAGAGAAUGGACCCCCAAUGUUGAAAUGCGAGUACUGUGGAUGCCUCGCCCCGGCCAGUCAGUUCAGGGGAUCGAAGAGGUUCUGCUCUAAUACUUGUGCUAAGAGGUAUAAUGUAAGCUGUAGCCAGCACUUCAAGAGCAGCAGAGGGAGAAGUGCUGCAGGGCAGGCGGCACCUCCUGCACCCACGGAGAGCUCUGCAAGGCCUAGGGGCCCUUCUCGCAGGAGCGGCUCUAAUGUCACCUACAAUAAAAUGUCAACCAAGCACCUAUCUGUCAAGUGCCACUCUGAGUCCAGCCGCUCUGAAGACCUAUCCAGCGAUGGGGAAGAAGAGGAGGAUGAUUCUCCUUCGCUGUCCCCAAGCUCUUCACACUCCUGCUCCAGAGCUGCCCACAAUGCGCCACAGUCUGACAGCGCAGCACCUGGAAACCUCCCACUAGAGGGAGCUAACUUUCUCUCUGCAACUCCUUCUCAGUGGAGUGUGGAAGAAGUCUGUAGGUUUAUCUCCUCCUUGCAAGGCUGUGAGGAGUUGGCGUCCCAGUUUCUGUCGCAGGAAAUAGACGGACAGGCUCUGCUGCUUUUGCGAGAGGACCAUCUGAUCUCCACCAUGAAUAUUAAACUCGGUCCAGCUCUUAAGAUCUGUGCCUCCAUCAACAGUCUGCGCGAGUAAGGAUUGUUUUCUCAUUUUGAAUGUCUCGCUGGAAUCAAAACUUGGACUUUUACAAGUAAAACUGAGAUUCUUAGACACCGUACGGUUGCCUUUCUUACAAACAAUGGUGCCCCGUCAAUCAUGUGGAUACAUGGUGAUGGAACGUUUACUCUCUGGACGCUGAAUGUGCAAAAUAGUAUGUAUGCUGUUAUGUGAUGGAUAUGGUUUGAAGUAUCCAUGUCAGUAAUGUUUGUCUUUUUUCUCCUCUCUCUCACUGUGAGUUAAAAUGUUUUGUACGUAUUUUCUUUAGAAACUGUAAAUCUGCCAGGCUUCCAUGUCUUUUGACUUAAAGGUUUGCUUGUUUGGGACAAAAAAAAAUGUUACCUUCUAGAUGUACUACAAGAGGUGCUUUAACUUUACUGACAUGAUAUGAAGUGAUGUAAACAACAUCCAGUUAGGUUUAUGUUGUUAGUCUUUUUUUUUUUUUUAUAAUUGUGCUUGUUUUUGUUACAGAUGUUUAACCCAGGCUCCAGUCACACAGACAAAGAAUAACACUCAUAAACAGCCUGGUACUGUGAUUAGUUUAUUUUAGCAUUUAUUGAAAAUUUAGUUUUGUAUUUUCUCCAUUUUAUAGUACAAUCAGAAUUAUUUUUUCAUGAAAACAAAAUAGUUUUAGCAGCUUUAAUCAACUUAACUACCUGGAAGUAGGUAUUCACCAUGGUUUGCUCUCUCCAGGGAUGAAUGGAAGUGCUUUCUGUACAUGCAUGCAGUACUAUCAAUAAAAAGAACCUGUUGCUGGA